AUGGCCCGCGACGACAUGGGCCCUCCAGCCAAAAGGCUGAAGAGUGGCUCGACACUCCCUCCACAGCUACGCGACGCCAAACGCAAGGAUAUCGACACCUGGGAAACCAAUCGAAUGCUCACGUCAGGUGUUGCGCAGAGACGGGAUCAUGAUGGCGAUUUCAUGCACGAAGAUGAAGAGGCAACCCGUGUCCAUCUACUGGUCCACGACCUCCGGCCGCCUUUUCUCGAUGGCCGUACGAUCUUCACCCAGCAGCUGGAGCCGAUCUCUGCCAUCCGGGACCCGCAGAGUGAUAUGGCAGUCUUCAGCCGAAAAGGAAGCAAGGUUGUGCGGGAACGUCGGCAGCAAAGGGAACGACAGAAGCAGGCGCAGGAAGCGACAAACAUGGCGGGCACGGCCUUGGGAAACUUGAUGGGGGUAAAGGAAGAUGAAGGCGAUAGCGCAGUUGCUCUGCCCGUGGAGGAGACCUACAAGGGUGGGAAUAAGUUUGCACAACACUUGAAGAAAGACAAGGGGGGUGCUAGCUCGUUCAGCAAGAGCAAAACCAUGCGCGAACAGAGAGAGUUUCUUCCAGCUUUUGCAGUACGCGAGGAUCUCUUGCGCGUCAUUCGAGACAACCAGGUUGUCAUCGUGGUUGGCGAGACAGGAUCAGGGAAAACAACUCAAUUGACGCAGUUUCUCCACGAAGAUGGCUACUCAAAGAACGGCAUGAUUGGAUGCACGCAGCCUCGUCGCGUGGCUGCCAUGAGUGUGGCCAAACGUGUCAGCGAAGAAAUGGAGGUGGACCUCGGCGGACUCGUAGGAUAUGCCAUUCGCUUUGAGGAUUGUACCAGUGAUGAUACGGUCAUCAAAUAUAUGACGGACGGUGUUCUCCUGCGAGAGUCCCUAGUUCAAUCAGAUCUUGAUAAAUACUCGUGUAUCAUUAUGGACGAGGCGCACGAACGAGCACUGAACACCGACGUCCUUAUGGGUCUCCUCAAGAAAGUUCUCGCUCGGCGCAGAGACCUCAAGUUGAUUGUGACCUCCGCGACCAUGAAUGCAGAGCGCUUCUCGCGCUUCUACGGUGGUGCCCCCGAAUUCAUCAUUCCUGGCCGAACAUUCCCAGUCGAUCUUCACUAUUCACGCACGCCUUGUGAAGAUUAUGUCGACAGCGCGGUCAAGCAGGUCUUGGCCAUUCAUGUCUCCCAGGGUCCUGGUGAUAUCCUUGUCUUCAUGACAGGGCAGGAGGAUAUCGAAGCGACCUGCGAGCUAGUCGCCGAACGGUUGAAGUUACUGAAUGACCCCCCAAAACUGAGUAUAUUGCCAAUAUACAGUCAGAUGCCAGCGGAGCAACAAGCCAAAAUCUUUGAGAAGGCUGCUCCUGGUGUGCGCAAAGUGAUUGUAGCCACAAAUAUUGCCGAAACGAGUCUGACCGUCGACGGGAUCAUGUAUGUCGUGGAUUCGGGGUACUCCAAGCUGAAGGUGUACAACCCACGUAUGGGCAUGGACACUCUGCAAAUCACACCAAUCUCCCAGGCCAACGCAAACCAGCGAUCCGGCCGCGCUGGUCGGACGGGUCCCGGCAAGGCUUAUCGCCUGUUCACCGAGACCGCCUACAAAAACGAGCUCUAUUUGCAGACGAUUCCGGAGAUUCAGCGUACAAGCCUUGCAAACACCGUGCUCCUCCUCAAAUCCCUCGGUGUCAAGGAUCUGCUUGAUUUUGACUUCAUGGAUCCACCGCCACAAGAGACCAUCAGCACCUCCCUUUUCGAGCUGUGGUCACUCGGCGCCUUGGACAAUUUGGGUGACCUCACAGCGUUGGGACGCCGUAUGACGCCGUUCCCCAUGGACCCGCCUCUUGCCAAGCUUCUCAUUACGGCCUCGGAAGAAUACGGCUGCAGUGAGGAGAUGCUGACUAUCGUUUCGAUGCUGUCGGUGCCCAGCGUCUUCUACCGCCCCAAGGAGCGACAGGAGGAAUCGGAUUCAGCGCGUGAGAAGUUCUUCGUCCCUGAAUCAGACCACCUGACACUUCUACAUGUUUACACGCAGUGGAAAACCAACGGGUUCUCCGACUCGUGGUGCACGAAGCACUUCUUGCACUCUAAAGCGCUGCGGCGCGCCAAAGAAGUCCGUGAUCAGCUCUACGACAUUAUGGUUGCCCAGAAGAUGGAGCUUAUUAGCUGCGGCACGGAUUGGGACACCAUUCGCAAGUGCAUCUGCUCUGGCUUCUACCACCAAGCUGCCCGGGUUAAGGGCAUCGGCGAGUUCAUCAACCUUCGCACUAGUGUGACCAUGGCUUUGCACCCGACGAGUGCGCUCUAUGGCCUCGGCUAUGUGCCGGAGUAUGUCGUCUACCACGAGCUGAUCCUGACCGCCAAGGAGUACAUGUCGACCGUGACGGCCGUCGACCCCCACUGGCUCGCCGAACUCGGCGGCGUCUUCUACUCCGUCAAAGAAAAAGGCUACUCACAGCGCGAUCGCCGUGUCACAGAGCUAGAAUUCAACCGCCGAAUGGAAAUUGAAGCCCAAAUGGCCGCAGACCGCGAACGUGCCGCGGCCGAAAAGGCUCGCGAGCAGGAGCGCGACGAUCCAUCCUGGCGCAGGCGAGAGGUCGAGGUAGGCGGCGGAUCCGCCGUUCGCCGUCCUGUUGUCAAGGGUGCCCGCAAAGUCGGUGGCCUGACUGCUUCGUCUUCUUCGUCUCGGCCCGGUGCCAAUGGCGGUGGAAGUGCAGGCUCGGGUGGAAGUGUGGUGAAGAAACCGAAAGUGCCUCGGCGGCCGGGACGCGCAUUCUAG